GCAGUCUGAAGAGGAAACGGACUGAAGCAAAGAAAAAACUGUGACUCCCGAUGUACAGUCCUUAAAUUAACCUUUUUUAUAUUUUAUUUCUUCCGAGAAGAAAGCGCAAGUUUUUCUAUUUUUCGAAAAGUAACACGUCUACCUCAGUUUUUAAAGGAUUUUAAUCUCUAUUUGAAGCGUUUACAUCCUCUGUCUGAGCCGCAGGGCCUGUUUUGUACUUUUGCACUCUCUGAAUCCACCCCAACACUGAGCGAUGUUCAGCCUGCGUCUGCUGGCCCUCAGAUGAUCCAUGACCACACCUUAUUGAUGCACUUUAGCACCUUUCCGGAGCCUUCUCCCUGCCGUGAACCCCGCAGCUGAUGACCAAAGUGAGCACCACGCCUCCCCGCCGUCGCCCCGAGCCACGCGCCCCUCAGCCCCUCCCUCCGCCUCAGGCCCCCGCAGGAGGUCCAAGGAUGUUCCAGAGGUUCGCCAGCGCUCUGUUCGGGGACGACGUGGAGGAGCUGAGCCGAGGAAACCGGCCAGGAGACAGGAAGGAGGAAGAGGAGGAGGACGAAGACUGGAUCCUGGUCAACUACCUGGCUGAAGCCUGUUCUGCUCAAUGUGGUGAUGGCCUCUCUCGCUCCACUGCUGGUCCUGACGAAGAGGAGGAUGAUGACGACGAAGACCUGGUGAUGAUCCCCUCCCCCAUGGCCAGCCCCCCCAUCCGCUAUGCCUCCUGCACCUCCCUCAACUCCACGGCCGACACCGACCCAGAUGGCGGGGUGGAGGAGGAGGACGAUGAGGAUGAAGAGGAGAGCGGGUUCCUCCGUCUGGACGCCUGCUCCCUGGAGGAGAGCUGGUUCGUCACGCCCCCUCCCUGCUUCACCGGCCGGGGCAGCAAACCCAUCCUCCUGGAGACCAGCCCCCUGGAGAACCUGCUGAUCGAGCACCCCAGCAUGUCCGUCUAUGCCCACCACAGCCCCCCAAGACUUACUCUGGACUCCCUGCCACGCUCCCUAGACCUGGAGCUGGGUCUGCUACCUGGAAACAUGAACCCUGCCCAGACGGUCACAGGGGGAAAGGAGAAGGGCAGGCGCAGUCUGGACGGGCCACGUCACAGGCCUGAUGUGGCUGUCGUCCAGCGGCGCUCCAGCCUCCACUCCGCCUGCUACGCCGCAGCCCUCUCCACCCGCCCCGGCCUCCUGCAGCCACGUGCCGGUAACACCACCCAACGCACCCAACCGUUGUCCCGCAACGCCCUGAGACGCCACAACCUGCUGCGCCCCCCGAAGACCGGCACCGUGCACCUGCACCAGCCCAGCCAGAGACACCUCAACUUCUGAGGCAUCACCUUCAUCUCCAUCAUCACCAUCAUCAUCCUCUGAGCAGUACGGAAGACUAACACUGACCCUCACACCUCAGCUCUUUUCUUCUUCAAGUAAUCAACACCAGCAACAGCCAUCAGUCGCACCCCCGAUCUGUUCUUCAAUCUGAUUGGACGGUGAAAAUAGGGAAAAUGGCUAACCUUUUUGUCAGCCAAAUGGCCAGUGGAAGAGAAGCUUCCCUCCUCUUCCUCCUCGAUCAUCCUCCAACUUGAUGCUGAGAAGAAGGGAUGAGGAAAGAAAAGGUCAUCCUCCUCUUUUUAUCCCCGUUUUAUCCCUUCUCUGCUGGACCACUUUGUGUCCAAUCACAGAGCAGAAGAGUCAUCAUGGUUAUGUCCUCUUCUCCUCCUCCUCUUUCUUCUUCUUCUUCUUCUUCUUCUUCUUCUUCUUCUUCUUUAUGGACAUCUUAAUGUGUAGAAUCAAUGCUGUAGGUCACUUUAUUCAGUGGCAGGUUCGGCGCGUUGUGGGAUGAUGUCACAGCAACGUCUGGCAGCUUUCUGAGCAACUUGGCAUGAAAUCAGGAGACAUUUCAGAUCCUAAAUCACUUGAACAUGAACAGUGCAGCAGCACAACAGUGCCAUUUAAUCAGUGCAGGAGAGUUGUGGUGGUUGCCUUACAUAGUUGCUCAAGAAGUUGCCAAGAGUGGAGUCAUGUAGUUUCGAAACUGUAGCUGAGACGUAAAAUCAGACACUCUUUUAUUCAACAAUCUCAUAUUUAGGGUCGUCUUUUAUAGGAAGUUUAAACUCUUUCCUUGUCUUAAUGUUAAGGCCUAUAUUUCCCAGAAUGCUUUUCAGCAGUAGAUCAACAUUUAUUGAGUCAACCUGUCAAAGUCUGUGUGUUUAUUUGUGCACCUUGAGUGUGCAAACAAGUACAUGAUGUUGUUUUUGGCUCAGCUUCCUGAUGAGGUCAUUGUGAUGUCAUCAGGAUUCUUAGUAUUUGUUUAAACAGAGAGCCUGUGUCACAACCCAAGAGGCUGUGAUUGGAAGAUUUUACUGUAAUGCAUUAUGGGAAAUGUUAGUUGACUUUUGUCCCACUUAAGGGGCUAAAACAUAGGAAUUCUCUGCCUCAGUAUCAACCGUCCUUUUUGAAUUUAUCAGUGUCAGUGCAAUAAUGAACCUCUGCAGUACGCCUUUAAUAUAAACUAUUUAAACUUUUUUAUUCAUGUUUUAGUUAUUUCUUGCAGAGAUUUUGUUUGUUUCUGCAUGUUGACUCCACAUCCUUUCACACUUAGACACAAAUGUUUUUAAUCUUAAUAUUUGAAAACACUACCCAGGCGAGAACUUGCUGGAUUUACAAUUCUCCUGUGGAACUGAAGGAUCUACUAAUGCAAAAGUCAGGCUGGCUACACACUAGACAAUACUUACGUCUUAACUGAUUUUAAAACAGAAAACCAAAGAUAUAAGGACCAGUUUUUAACAUGGUAAUCCUCUAAAUAAACAUGCUAGAUCUCACAGAAACUUCGAUGAUCAACAGCCAGAAAAACAAAUAUGGAGGCUGAAAGAUGCAGUCAGCUGGCUGAGAUGAAGGCGCAGGUGCUACUAGUCACUGCCAUGUUUUAGGCUUGAAAAGCAUGCAACAUCUGGUUGGUGAUGCCCGCUGUUGCCUAUUUUCAUCAGCUAAGACUGAUGGGGUUUCAUCAGAGGCAGCCUGAUCUUAAAUCCUUAAUAUCAAACCCGUUCGUUUCUUACAAUUCAACAUCAGGGAGGCUCUGAGUCCAUCAGGAGCUGCAGAAUAAUCACAUUGACACCACAGUUAUUAACCUGAAACAGCAGAUAAACUGGCAUGGGAUACAUUCACCGUCCAUGUGUGCAACCCCAGACAGAACCUUUCAACGAAAAAAAUCUCUAAGGGUGACUGGACAACUUUUCUGUCAAAUUCAUCACAGGCCUGUCAGAGCAGCCACACAUAUGACGUUGUAGACAUGCAUAGCAAGGUUAUAAUAGUUUUGGAUUUUUCAUUAGUUUUGAUUUUUAUUUAGUUUUGACCUUUUGUAUUAAACUUCAGUUUAGUGUUUAUUAGUUCUUACAGGCGGUUUGUUAGUUUUGUUUAGUUUUUAUUUUGCAAAAAUGCCUCAUUUUAGUUUAGUUUUAUUAGUUUUAGUGUUAGUUUCAGUUUUUCGGCAAUGUGGGAUACCUGCCAGGGGCAAACCCAAAAAGGCUUGUAUUCAAUUUUAAUGUAUGUAUACCACUCAAGACCUAAAAUUACCAUUGUAUAAAUUUAUCUUCAAUCAAAUCAGGUGAUUUUACUCUCCAGGCUUGGGUUUUCAUGCCAGUCACUAUGCUAGUGUCAAAGAGUAAAACUAAGGAGAUUUUGUCUAAUUCUUUUUCAUUUUAGUUGUUUUUUUAAGCACACAAUACAGUUUUAGUUAGUUAUCGGGUUUUUUUUUUUUUUUUUUUUGGAAAGCUUGGUUUUUAUUUAGUUUCAGUUAACUGAAAUGAUUUUUACAUUUUAGUUUGUAAUUUAGUUGGUUUUAUUUAACUAUGAUAACCUUGGUGCAUAGCCUUGUUGUUAUCAUUGUUCACUGUCAGUGGACUCAGCUAAAUUAAAAUCCACUGAAGCUGAUCUAGAGAAAAGCUCAAACAUCUUUCAACUAAGAAAAGCUUCCAGUGUGGUUCUCUGCUCUUUCAACAUAGAUAAGUCCAGUUCUGAUCAGACUGUUGCUAUAGCUGCUAAUCUUUUCAAUGGCCACCAUUGUUUACAGGCUCUCAGUUGCUUAAACUAAACAUGGCCAUAGCCACGCCUCUUUCUCCUUAAAUGAUGCUGAUUGGUCCAGCCAUUCUUAGCAAAUCGGCUUGAAGCUUUGCAAGAUAACAGACAUGAAGUCUAGACUGCAUCGGCUUUGCACGGUUAACAAACUUGAGUAUAAUUUGGACAUAUAAUCAUGAGUGGCCAGCUUUAUAUUGAGCCACAUUUGGAGGAAAACUGGGCCAAAAUCUGGCCUUAAAAUGUCUAGUGUGUAUCCAGCCUUUGGCACUUAAUCCAGACUAGAUUCUGGUCCAGACAUAAACCUGAACCGUAGCUGCUUUGUCUUUAUUUUCUCACAUUUCUUUGAGAUUGUUGAUUACACUUGCAGAAAGAUUCUGAUCUUAUUUUGUUUGAGAUUUGACUGUAAACGGACAAUUUUCCAGUUUAUUAUGGUUUAAAUGUGGCUUAUCCUCCACUGUCCUGCCUUAGGAUGUCACCCUGUUCAUAGAAAUCGUUUUUUUCAUCCUGCUCCGCUGCCUGAACCUGCCUCUGACUUUAUAAUUCAGUACUUUUCACAUUAUUUUUCUUAAAAGCAUAAAAAAAGAAAAAAAGAUUGUAAAAAUUACUGGGUUAAAUAUCACUAAAAGCCUUGUUUUAACGGUAGCUUUGAGAUGAAUAGUAAUGUAAAACAAAAUGUAUUUAAAAAAAACUUCCAAAAUAUUUUUUGAAAAGAAAAAAACAGAUUACAUAUCAGUAUGAAGUCGGUAUAACCGUAUGCGUCGAUGGUUUCUUGCUUAGGUAUGUUUGGUUCUGUUAGUGUGCGUUCUGUUGCAUGGUUGUAGAGUUGUGUUAGCGUGACGACGGUGGAAAAAAGAAAACGGAAAAAGAUUUUUUCUUUUUAUUAUUAUUAUAAUUAUUAUUUUGUUUGUUCUUAAAUGAAUCUGCAGUCCACUUCUCAGGGUCACAACCAAUCACCUUUACUCUUCUAGGAAAAUGCAGAUUUACUUGACGGCUGAUGAUUCUUUGUGCGUGCUCGGACUUUUCCAGCUCUGUCCCUGCGAGCUUUCCCCCCCUUUGUGAAAAUGUUUGUGAGAAAUAAUCCACUCUUUAUUUUAUUUUGGACUGUGAAAUGAACUCGACUGUUGGAAAUCCAUCUUGGUGGAGAGAAACUGUUGGUCUUUUUAUUGUUGUUGAUAUUUCGUUUGCUAACAUAUUUUAAGAAAUGUAUGCUUUUUAACUCUUAUUUUCCAUGUUAACUUUAGUUACAUUUUUGCUAAACUGUUAAAAUAUUUAAACCAAAAAAGUAGCAACAAUCUUUAACCUAUUACUACUUUAAUAUAACUGAUGUUCUUUAUUUUUUUGCUCUUGUUUAUCUUUAAAAGUGUUUGUUUAAUGCUCUCGGCCUCGGUGCUCCGAUACGGCGGACAGUUUUGAGUGUCCGCUGUCGGGAACGUGGAGCCUGAGCCGAGCUGCCACACUGCAGAAAACCUAUCAAUCUAUUAGAAAGUGGCUGAGUAUAUGGAAGCUCAUAUCUGCCCAGAAAACAGGAAAACAAAUAAAAUGUCAGGAAUAUCACAGGAGGAGUGAGAAGUAGGGAAAAAUAAACACAUCUGGAAAACGGCUUUAAAUGUGGCAGUUUUUCAGGUAUUGUGCUUCUGCACAAUAAUCAGAUAUAAACUCAAGCAAAGGCAGGCACAAUAAAAGCACAAAUCCCUUAAUGAUAAAUGUGAUCGAGACAUUAAUCCAACAACAGUUAACCCCUGACUUCUGCUCAUAAAUGCUAGAGUUCAUGUUUUAACCUGUUGAAAGUCAGAUCGUCUGCACAGCUGUCAGCAUGCUUCCCCCUUUUUUUCAUGAUGUAACCAACAGCUCUGCUUAAGUGUAGCUUAUGCCAGACAUCACAAGAAUGUUAUAGGAGAUUCAGGAUCCGACAAACACAGCAGCCACAAUCUACUCAUCUGCCAAAGAUCUUAGAAGGUGCAUGGACUUACCUGCUCCAAACUUGUCAUAAAUAGAUUUGCUUAACAUUUGUGAUAAGACUCUCAUAAAUGUUUUUUUUUUUUUGGCGACCUGAAUAUGUGUCCCCAUAACCAAAAAAAAAAAACAUCCAUAGACCCACAGAUUGCUUCAAAUCUGCAAAUAAUCAUUUGUUUCAUUCUAGUGGAGCUCAGGAAGUACGUAACACCAUGCAGCUCAAGCAGCAUUUCACAAUAAAAGCACCUGCAUCAGAAACGGGCAUUUUGGCUCAUUGAUCUUUGACUAGGGAUGCAAGAUAUUGGAUAUUUUCCAAUUUCCGAUAUGCCGAUAUUUACAGAUUCAUUAUAGCCAAUACCGAUAUUCAAAUAUGCUCUUCGGACAAGAAAUUUCAGUCCUGAGGUUUGAGGAUGACCAAGAAAACAAACUUUAGUCCUUAAAAACACUUUAAAGUUUAAAGAAUGAGGAUAAAUAAAGAAAUAGACCUAUACUGGCAUAGGUCUGUUAGUUCAGCCAAAAAUUCCACUAAUUUAUCAGCAUAUAUGGACAAAACUUACAGUCGAUAAAUGCUGAAAUACACAGACAAAAUAUGGGAUGUAAAUAUCGGCAGAAAUUUUGAUAUCUGCCGAUACCGAUAUUUGCCUUUUUAAGCUAAUAUCUGCCGAUACCGAUAUCAGACCAAUAAUAUUGUGCAUCCCUAUCUUUGACCCCAGAGUUUCACUUUUUUGUCAUUGUUCGGUUUGGGCUAGGCUUCUCUUAGACACUAGUAGGGAGGCUCCAAGGGAAAAAAGGCUGGGAACAACUACACUAGACCACCAAUUAAUGACAAAAACAUCCUGCAGAGUGAUUUCACUCCCCAUUAGAAGCUCUGCUGUUUUCUCCUGAUCAAAUAUUCUAACAAAAGCGUCCCUGCUGCAUCAGAAACAGUUACCACAGUCCUAAACCAGCCAUACUCGCAGACAGAUUGCUUCCUAUUUCACUAUGAAAGCACAAAGAGCAGUAACAAGUUUAAAUGUGGUUAAAAGAAACUGAAAUUAACAGGUUUCAAUCGUCCACUUAGCAUUCAUGUUUAAAAUGAAAAAACCCUUAAUGCUGAUAUUUAGCGAUUAAUUGAGUAACAGAUGUGCUGCUCUGCUAGAAACAUAAGCUUUUGAUUUUUAGAGAUAUCAAGCCAAAAUCUGAUGGAAAUUGGUGCUAAAAUCACAUGUUUUCCUUAUUGUGUGUCCCAUAGUAGCUUUACAGAUUAAACUUUGUAGACUUUAAUUUUUUUUUCUUUGGCAGUGAUGGGCUUCCAUAUACAAAAUCACAAAACUCACAAGUACUUUUUUGUGUAAAUCCUGCCACUCUCUGCUGAAAUACCCACUUAAAGCAGAUUUUUUUGAGUCCUACUUAACGGGAAAGGCUGCACUGUCACAUCUUUGUUUUUCUUCUAGAAAUACUCCAAUAAGCAGGUUCAGCCUCCUUUAAAAUUCAAUUUAAAGGCAAACUCAUUCAUUUAGAAAAUGACUUGCAGUCUAAAAUCACAACAGUGAUUUUUAUCAAUCUUUUUUUGCAGUGUGGUUCCUGAUUCUUCAGUUUUUAUCUGUGGAUCGUAGCGUUAUUGUUAAGAAAGCACUAACAAACGUUUGUUAGGUUUCUGUACAACUCACUGUAAAUAAUCGUAUAUGAUAGAUAGUCGAGUGGUUCUCUCUGGUCUAUUUAAGCUUUUCUUUAUUGCUCGAAUGUCUCUCUCUCUUUCUGCUAUGGUGGACUUUUGUGUUACUACGAUGUUUUUAAAAAAAGGCAAACUUAAAGACAGAAGGGAUUGGAGGAGAUGGAUGCUGAUAAUCCGCCUCCUCCUGCUGUCGGGAGCCUUUGUAUUUUCCACUUUGUGUGCUCAGUUCAUCUCUCCGUCAUCAAACUAACAGGGAUUUUUAAUGUUUUUGUUCAAUGCCUUGAAAUUUGUGGAUCACGUGCCUUCCAGGUUGAAAUGUUUAUAAUGACAAUGCAUCAAUGAAGAACUUGAACUCCCUUUUUCUUACGUUCUGAGUGGACGUAAUAAAACCCAGAAACAGACGUCAGAAACCAACUAUGCACCACUCGGAGGAAGUCGCCCCCCUCAGCCCAUGUACAGAUUUUAUAAUGACUCAACAAACCAGACAGAAUGAUGUAGCAACACCUCUUUUCUCUUUAUUUUUGAAAUAACAGUGUGAAGAAUAUUUUGUGGCAUUUUUAUUUUUCACCAAGUGUUAGACGUUUAUGUUUUGCUUUUAUUUCUUUUGUUUUGUUGUGUAGUUUACUGGAAUAAUACAGCACUUUGCCAAAAAGACAAAAAAGGUGUAGGAACUGUUAGGGUUUUAUUUAUCGGCAUAACUGGUCUCCUUCUUUGUAUUUUUGGAUGUUUGGAUCAAUUCACUCUGUUCUGAUGUCAAAAAAGCUAAUUGAAAUUGGGGUCAUCUGUUUUCAAACUGUAUUAGUUAAUACAUGUGAUCUCUUAUUAGCCUAUAAUAAAUGUUUUCAUACACAAAUCUCCUGCCUUUAGUUUU